AUUGAAAUAAUGAAGUGUCGAUAUGAUAUGAUAUUAAGGAAACAUAAUCCAGUGCCGUUGUGAACGUUCUUGCUAUUCUAAGAAAAGAGCAUCAAUCAAUAGACUUCCCCUUUGUACAAAUAAGGAUUAUGUUGGCCGGGAUUUUUCUGUUCUUCCUGCGCAUUUGCCUAGGUUUUGGAAAAUACUCAAUUAAUUUUUCAAUUUUGGAUCAAACUCCGCCGAAAACUGUAGUUGGCUAUGUCCUAAAAUCAAAAGAAUCUAAGGCAGAUUUUAGACUCUUCGAAACUUCUGAAAUGGAUUUUUCAAAAAAUUUUAGUCUAGGGAAAUUUGGUGAACUGAAGACAGAAACAACUAUCGAUAGAGAUUAUAUAUGUACGAACAAAGAAACUUGCCUAAUUAAAUUAGAAGGAGGAAUGGUUCGUGGGCGUAGUUUUCAACUGUUACCUAUAACAGUUCAAAUUCGAGAUAUCAACGACAACAAUCCGAAAUUCCCCUUUAAAAGUUUACGAAAAUAUAUAUCUGAAUCUGCGAGGCCAGAACAUUAUAUUAGUAUACCGAAGGCAUACGAUCCUGACAAACCUGAAUUUAGUAUUAAAUCCUACAAAUUGAAUGUUCAACCAAUAUUUUCAUUAAGAGUUACAAGUAAUGAUCUUCGAUUAGUUUUACGAACGACACUAGACAGAGAAAAAGUUAGCAAGUAUAAUCUGAAAUUGACUGCAAUAGAUGGUGGCAGACCUAGGAAAACUGGUUCAAUGAGAAUUCAUAUAAUCGUGGAAGAUUCUAACGAUAAUGAGCCAGUUUUCGACAAAAAAUUUAGAAAAGUAGUUGUUUACGAAGAUUUUCCUCAUAGGAAAGUCUUGGCGAAAGUCCGUGCGACAGAUAAAGAUAAAGGAGAAAAUGCUCGAAUAACUUAUAAAUUUACACCCAGAACUGAAUUGAAUUUCGGUGACAUUUUUUCUCUAGAUCCUAUAUCCGGUGAGAUAAGAACGAAAGUGUCGCUGGAUUACGAAAGUAAUCCGAAUUACGAGCUAUCUAUUCUGGCAAUCGACAAUGGCAAUAGUCCUAAAUCUGCUGAAACCCAAUUACAGAUUAGAGUCAUCGAUCUUAACGAUAAUCCGCCAAUGAUUCACGUUAUUAAGGUUGACGUCGCGGAGAAUUCGGAGAAAGGAACUUUCGCUGCCCAAAUAACUGUACGUGAUGCAGAUAAAGGCGAGAAUGGCCGAAUAAGUUGUCAAAUGAACUCUUCGACCUUUCAUUUAUAUGUAAUUAAUAAAAAUCGAUAUCAGAUUAAUACUUGGAAGCCUUUGGAUCGAGAAAUCCGAGAUACUUAUUCUUUGAUCAUUGAGUGCAAGGAUUUUGGAAAAAAUGUACAAAUAUCCAAAAGGGAAAUAAUAAUUAAAGUCCUGGAUAUUAAUGAUAAUCCACCAAGUUGGAAAAAGCAAAUAAAAACUACAUUAAAAAUUCCAGAAAAUCUAGCAAUUGGAGAGAAAAUUGCUGAUUUCUCGGCUUUCGAUCCGGACUUGAAAGAAAACGGAACUGUGCGUUAUUCGGUAGAACAAUUAAAUUACAAACACAUUCCCCUGGUGGAAAUUGAAAGUUCUACCGGUAUACUUAGAAGUGCUAAUGAAAUGGAUCGUGAAAAAAUCGAUAUGAUUCAAAUGAAAAUAACUGCGAGAGAUCUAGGCAAGAUCCCUCUAAAAGCAUCGCUCAAUGUAACUCUUAAGAUAGAAGACGAGGACGAUAAUGAUCCAAAGUUUUCCAAACAAUUCUACAAUUUCUACGUUUACGAAAACGAGCCUAUUGGUAAAUUUGUAGGACUUAUUGAAUGUACAGAUGCUGAUGUAUCAUUUAAAGAGGCAAACUUUAAACUUGAUAAGUCUCUAGAUUAUAAAUCCUUUACAAUAGAUAGGAAGGGUUCUAUAAGAACAAAAAAAGUUUUCGACAGGGAAAGAAGGAAAGACUAUAAUAUUAAAGUUGUUGUGGCCAAAUCAUCAGUAUAUGUGCAAGUUUCAAUUUUGGAUAAGAAUGACAACCCUCCUAUAUUCAUAGGUCCCAAAAGAAUGCAUUUAAGCAGAUACACUAGGAUAGGGACUGCUGUAAAAAAAUUAAAAGUCAUUGACGCCGAUGCUGGGAAAAAUGGUGUGUUAAUUUACUCUAUUUUAGACGAUAAUCGAUUUUUUUGGGUUCAUACGGAAACUGGUGUGAUAACUGUUAUAGGUGAUCUGACGGAAGCUUCCAAUCAAGUAAUCGAAUUGAACAUUAAUAUAUCGGACUGUGGAGAAGAGAAACAAUCGUUAAAAAUUAAUUUCCAAAUAUUUCUCAAUGAGACGCAAACGCUAAAACGUUCCAAUUUAGACGCUCCCAAUAUAGAAUUUCUAAUUAGCGCGGCGUUUAUAUUUCUAAUUCUUUUCGUUUUCCUGUUAGUUUUCAGUGUUAUUAUCAUUCGUAAACGUUUUAAACUACGACGAGGCAGUAGUAAUUCAGCAAAAUUUCCAGCACAAUCUAGCCAGGUACGAGAAACGUCUCUUUAGAUUUCAUUUUAUUCUUAGAUGUCUUAGAUGUUAAUUUUUUAGAUAGUCUUAGGUGCUGCUUAAAUAUCUCGAUUUUACAUUAGAGACAUAUUGUUUUUGCCAAUGCCGAGACUGUAUUAUUCAAUAGUAUAGUCCUAUUGAGAAAUAAAAUAAAAGGAUUAAGGUAUAAAUUAAGCUUUACCUGGCGACCUCUGACUGCAAUUAAUUAUUUCAAUUAUAGAAAUUAGUAUAGCUUUUCCGUCGAAUAAAAAAAACAACUUCAAAUGGAAAUAUAAAACAAACAGCUUUUCUUUAUACUUAAAACAUUUUGCAUUUUCCCUCUAAUUCCUUUAACGAUUGUUUGGUUUUUUUAAUUUUCUUUUUGGAAGCAUGAAUGAUAUUGAAUGAAGCAUAUAGAUGCAAGAAAAUAAGUUUUGCCUUCAUGUUGUUAUUUUUCGAUCAAUAUUGAAUAAUUUCUAUUAUUAUUUGUAAUAUGUUCUUCAUUAAUAUUCAUAUUUUAUUUAGUUUAAUAAUAGAUAUAUUAUACGUAUAUAAAUAUAUAUGCAUUUUAAUUGCUAAAGUGUACUUAUUAAGAAGAUUAAGGUUAUAUACGAAUACAAACGGUUAGUUUCUUUUGUUGUGUAUAUAUGGGAAAUAUAUAUAUAUAUAUAAACAAUUUAAAGUACGUGCAAUCAGC